CCUCCAACAUACAUGCAUUGAAACAAUCCAAGUAUGGUUUUAUAUGGUAAACACCGUAUCCAUCUAGCUACCUGCAUACGCCAUCUAUCUCACUUAUUUCGACUGUUUCGGUUUCUUGCAUAAUCGGUUUUCUGUACAUGAUGCAGGAAAACCGCAGGAAACAAGCAUACGACGGGCGAAAAGGCCCAUUCCCCAUGUCCGUGUUUACUUAUCCCAUCCCCACCUUCGCCUUCCCCCUCCUUCCCCACUCCUUCUCCAAUUCGAUAUCCUUCCUAUCUCUCCCGAUCCUUGAUCCUUCCCUCGAGUCUAGAUGUUCUAUUUUCUAAAAUAAAAGGCUCAUAAAGACCGUCGAUGAUCUCUGCCCGUCGUAUAUAUACUACAUAUACAUGGCCCGUCAAAACACAGCUUUGAUAUGAAAACCCCCCCCCACGAGCCGACAAUGGCCACAGCUGUAGAUACCAGGACCGUCAACUCGACCCUCACCCAACGAUCAGCUCCUUCCAAUGGCCGCGCUCAGAGUGCCCAGACGCCAAUCAACUCGGCCAAUGUGUCAGGCAUCGAUGUGCCAGAGGUCAGUCGUCGUCUGCGCAUAAAGAAGAAAUACAGGCAUGUGGCAGCCGUCCACUCGCGGCCCCAGAACACCGUCCUCAGCCAUGACGCAGCCGAGAUCCCCAGUUUCCUCGGAUUCCGAAAUCUGAUGGUGAUCCUGCUUGUCGUUGGAAACCUGCGCUUGAUGAUUGAAAACUUCAACAAGUACGGAGUUCUCAUAUGCCUACGAUGCCACAACUACAAACGACACGACGUCUUCAUCGGCGCCACGCUCCUCCUCAUAAUCCCCUGCCACCUCUUCGCCGCCUACAUCAUCGAGCUCGCCGCCGCCAAGCACGCCAAAUCGCAACUCGCAGCAAGCAAUAACCGCUCCGGCGCCGAGACACCCACCCCCACCGAAGCCGAGCGCAAGAAGUUCAACACGGCCUGGGAGCUGAUCGCCUGGCUACACGGCCUCAACGCAACCCUCUGCCUCCUCAUCACCUCCGUCGUUGUGUACUACUACAUCCACCACCCCCUCAUCGGAACCCUCUCCGAAGUCCACGCCAUCAUCGUCUGGCUCAAGACCGCCUCCUACGCCUUUACCAACCGCGACCUGCGCCACGCCUACCUCCACCCCUCCAAGCGCGUCGAAGACGCCCUACCAGAUAUCUACGCGCAGUGCCCAUACCCCAAGAACAUCUCCCUCUCAAACCUAACCUACUUCUGGUGGGCGCCCACCCUCGUCUACCAACCCGUCUACCCCCGCUCCCCCCGCAUCCGCUGGUCCUUCGUCGCCAAACGUCUCGCCGAAGUCUUCGGCCUAUCCGUCUUCAUCUGGGUAGCAAGCGCCCAAUACGCCGCCCCCCUCCUCCGCAACUCCCUCGACAAAAUGGCUUCUCUAGAACUAAUCUCCAUCCUCGAGCGCCUCAUGAAACUCUCCACCAUCUCCCUCGUCGUAUGGCUUGGCGGCUUCUUCGCCCUCUUCCAAUCCUUCCUCAACGCCCUCGCCGAGCUCACCCGCUUCGGCGACCGCGACUUCUACAGCGACUGGUGGAACAGCGACAGCGUCGGCGCAUACUGGCGCACCUGGAAUAAACCCGUCUACCAAUUCAUGAGGCGGCACGUCUUCUCGCCCCUCAUCGGGCGCGGAUGGUCGCCCUGGGCUGCGUCGGUGGCGGUGUUCGUCCUCUCGGCGGUACUGCAUGAGCUCCUCGUGGGCGUGCCAACGCAUAAUAUCAUUGGCGUGGCGGCUCUGGGGAUGCUGGCGCAGUUGCCGCUUAUUAAGCUCACGGCGCCGUUUGAGAAAGCGGGGGGGCAUUAUGGGAAGUUGGUGGGGAAUACGGUGUUUUGGGUUAGUUUUGUACUGAUUGGGCAGCCGCUGGCGGCGUUGUUGUAUUUUUUUGCGUGGGAGGCCAAGUAUGGGAGUCAUUUGAAGGGGAGGGUGUGAAUGGCUAGAGACUCGUACUCUGGAUAUAAUAGCAUGGAUGAGAGGGUGGUAGAGUGUAGCGAUUCUCUUUUAGGAUAUAGAGUUACGGGAAAGGGGUUGUUAAUAUGGGAGGCUGGCUUUUGAUUAUUUAGUAACACAUGGGAAACAUGUGGCUUUUCACAAACAAAUGUGGAUGGUAUAAAUCUCUAUUCCAAGGCCGGAACUAUCCAUCUAGCUCAGUCAGCCAAUAGCCAAUGUAAAUGUAAUUGCUAUGCAAGAAUGUAACGCCCUCCCCC